GCUGGAGUCUCUGCUGUACAGUACAGAGUGUCCGCAAACCGGGCUAGACUGGAGCGGAGGGAGAGCAGCCUAAGAAGAACUGCCCGCUUAUUUUGAAGAGGGAAGCAAGCUGCUAUGUUGUUCUGAAGAAACUACGAGCUGACAAGUGUGUGAAACGGAACGCAGAGCCGCGGUGGGAUAUUUAAUUCAUUGCAGAGCUGAGAAAGGCUGCAUUGUCCCAGAUGGAAGCUGAAUGCUUAGCCCUGAAAGACCUCUCAAGCCCCAGGAAAUAUUUCAAGGUGGACCCGGAGGAGGAGGAUGGGGGCCAGAGUGAACAAAAGGAAAAUAUGUAUACAGAGAGGAGAAGAUCCACGCCGCUAAAAUCUGCAGAGUCCACCACCAUCCCGGCUCUGCUGAUGAACAGAAAAGGUGCCACCCCUGACCUGGCCCACAUCACCCCCAUCAAACGCACCGCUCUGACCGAACCCUGGACGCCCACGGCUAACCUGAAGAUGCUGAUCAGUGCAGCGAGCCCAGACAUCCGGGACAGAGAGAUGAAGAAGGUGCUGUUCAGGCCAAUAGAGAACGACAAAGACAAGCCGGCGAGCCCAGACGCUGUGGUGGAGGAUACAGAGGUGGACGAGUCAUGUCAGUUUGAAACUAUGGACGGAGAAGAUGGAGAGAAAAAGCCAAGCAGGAAGCAGAAGAGUCUGGGUCUGCUUUGCCAGAAGUUCCUGGCCCUUUACCCCGAUUACCCGCCACCUCACAGCCCCAUCUGGAUCUCACUGGACGAGGUGGCAAACAGUCUGGGAGUGGAGCGGCGGCGCAUAUACGACAUCGUCAACGUUUUAGAGUCCCUGACGAUCGUGGGCCGAAUAGCCAAGAACAGCUACACGUGGUACGGCCGUCAGCGGCUGGAGGCCACGCUGGAGGAGCUGCAGAGGAGGGGUCGGCAGCAGGGCUACCACCUCCAGAUGGAGCUGACCGCCGAAGCAGCGGGGACUGGAGUGGGCCACGAGGGCGACGGAGGGGAAGGAGAAGCUGGCAACGCUGGUAGCAACAGGAAAGACAAAUCUCUGCGCAUCAUGAGCCAGAAGUUUGUUAUGCUUUUCCUGGUGUCCAAAACUCAGACUGUCACCCUGGAUGCAGCAGCAAAGAUCCUCAUCGAGGAGAGUCAGGACUCCUCAAGUCACAGCAAAUACAAGACGAAAGUGCGGCGCCUGUACGACAUCGCAAAUGUGCUGACCAGCCUGGGCCUCAUAAAGAAGGUUCAUGUCAGAGAGGAGAGAGGCAGGAAACCAGCCUUCAAGUGGCUCGGCCCGGUGAAAUUCAACAACUCUGGGAAUGCUGGAAACACUUUGAAUGUAGCAGCCAUCGCUCCACCUGAACCCACACAGCCGGUGACAGGCCAGGACCUCAGACAAGCAAAGAUGGCGCGUCACGCCUCCUUCAACAUCACACCUACUUCUGUCGCCAUCCAGCGGCAGGUCAGCUCUGCUCCCAGCAGCCCACGACGUGAAAUAACGGGUCUGCCAAACCAUCCUGUGGAUUAUUCCAGAAAGACGACAAACAACAGCACAGUUUGUCGACUGCAGUUUGAAAACAGCACCGAAAACCAUCCCGGCUGCAGCUCUCUUCCCCCGUCCUCCACCCAUCCCGCCCUACUGGUACCUCACCUCCACCCGGAGCCCCUUCUCACCUCCUCCCCGUCUCCCCAUUGCAUGGCCUACCUGCCCAGCCUGUCCCAGCCCUCCGUUGUUAUGCUGUUCAGGACACCAGACAAGCUGGACCAGGUUCCUGAAGGACAGAGGUCACCCAGGCUGGAGUCUGUGGAGGGGAGGAAGAGAAAGAGGGCCGAAAGUGACGAGGAGGAGACGCUGGUGAAAAAGCAGGGAGUGUCUGGAUUAGAGGACUGUGACAAGAUCAGAGCUGAACCUCACAGGGAAGCAGCAGAGUGUUCACAGACCAGCAACACCAGGACGUCCCCCAGCCGCCCAGCAGACCUCACCAGAGAGCAGCUGGUCAGUGACAGCAACAGCACUGAGCAAGCUCAACCAUCACACUACCUCUACGUACCCAACAAUGCAGGACUAAACAGCCUCAGCUUCCUCCUCUCAGCCGGACAGCAGCCAGCCAGUCUCACACUUCCUCCCAGCAGUGUUCCCACUUUGGCGCUACCUUAUGUCCUGGUGCCCUCUGCUGCCCUCUCCCACUAUCCCCUGGUGACCGGCAGCCUGCAGCAGCAAGGCUCUGACGCUCACACCAAACUGAGCUUCAGCCUGCCCGCCAUGAUGUCGCCCGCCCACUUCAUGGUCGGGCCGGCUCCUUACGGUGUGACGGCAGCGGCGUCGGAUCUCAGCAGGUCGCCGGUUCCGUCGCCAUCUACCCCAGAACAGAGCAGGCUUUACGGGUCGGCAGCCAGCACGCCACACUCUCCUUCAGGACCUCGACAGACUGUCAGCAUCACCACAGCAGAACCACUGACUCCACAUACUCCUAAAGAAACCGCAGCGUCUUCUUCAAAGGCUUUCUUCCAAACCCCCGGCACUCUGGGAAAUGUAGUCGGUGCUGCACCAGCGGCACGGAAAAGAGGUUCGGCUCAGAGAAGACUGGACAUCGGCCACCCUCCAGCCAUAUGAAGCGACCUGAGCGUGUGUUUAACAUGCCGUCCUGACACUCAGACGUUGAGCCUGAAAUGGAAAAUAUGAUUUCAAACCUUUGGUGCUUUAUUUUCAUACUGUUAAACUUAAACGAUAAACAUGGUUUGAAAGCAGACAUGAUGCUAAUGACUGUCAGUUUUAAGGAGGCAAACCUGCUAUUAGCCUGCAGUGGUAACAGUUUAAAAGUGCCUCAUGGUUAAAGGAUGGGACACUAAAUUUCAGUGACUGACUAAAACAGUAUUGCCAAUGUAACAGUGCCCUCCUGUGGUGGGAGUCGGUCACUGUUGUGUUUUGUAUUUCAGCCUUAAUUUUCCCUCCCAGAUAUGAUCAAGGUACCCAAUUCUGUUUGUGUAUUCUAGCCCAGUUGCUAUUUAUAUUUUAGCUAAUAUAUGUUGAUUACCGGGACUGUAAUGGAGAGUUAAUGUUUCUUUUAGCACUAAGUGACGAAUGUAUGUUGUCUCAUCUUGAAGUAACCGUUUUUAAUUGGCCCCUUUGGAUUUUGUUGCAUUAUCAAAGUGUGAUAGGAAAUCUGUUAGCUGCUGAACACCAGUUUGCAAAAGUAGUAGGACAAUCCUCCCGUAGCUCAUUUCAAACACAUUACUGUGAGGGGAAAACAAAUCACUAAAGCCUUAAAUGUUUACAGCCAGAGAAGUACCUGAAGGAAAAGUUCUUUUUAAUUUCUUAAUGCACAACAGAUGCAUUAAUUUGCUCAUCAGGAACACGGAUAUUACUGGUGCUGUGUGUUUUUUACUGGGAAUGAAUAACCAUAGUGCUUUAUGGUUAAACACCAAACCCUGGUACUGUUUUGAUGACUAAAGGACAAUGUGACGAUGCUCUCAGGUAUUUGAAUACGAGUGACUAGAAUGGGAGUUUGGAGAAAAAUCAGAGUACUGUAAAGCUGUUCGCUGUCAUUUUUCCAGGGAAAUUACACUGAGCUCGUGUUUGUUUUCUUGACAGCUCUUUCCCAUUCAUACAGUCCAGCACAUUGAGCUGUUAGAAGUUAAGUGCCUUGCUUAAAGGCACCUUAUUGAGAGAAGAGUGCUGUAGCCUCAAAACAGAUUUUCUCAGGUCGUCCAAGAAUUUACAUCAGCGACUUUCUAGUCAUGAGCCCGUUAUUUAGCCUCCAGACUACCUAAAAUACUGGUGCUCUGUACAGGAAUCAUUCAGGAGAGCUUAGCUAUGUCACGCCAAAGGGUGUACAGAUCCUUCACUGACCAGUGGAUGUGUAGUCAGAAAUGUAAAGUCUUUUUUUUAACGUUGUAUUCAUAGUGUCAUUUAAGACUUUCACAUGCAGAAUGUUAAUGCUGCUUUCCUGUUACAUAAUAAUUAUUGCACUGUAAGUUUUAGCAGUUACAUCCGCUGAAAACCUGUUGUUUCCUCACUGUAGCUCUCUCUGUAGCUCUGUAGGCAUUUUUCCUGUGAAACUUUCACAAACUAUUAAAAACUGUAUGGUGCUGGCAA